AUGGGCAAAGAAAUAGUUCGAAAGGAAUCAUGCAAAGAACCAGGUGCACGUAGUAGAUUAUGGUUUCACGAAGAUGUUCGCUAUGUACUAGAGGAAAAUGUAGGAACAAACAAUGUUGAGGGGAUAAAAGUGGUUCUACCUGAGGGCGAUGAUCAUGACAUGAUACGCUUGAGUCCUAAAUCAUUUGCAAAGAUGAAAAGACUCAGAUUUUUUAUAAGCCGUGGUGCAUGCUUUUCUGGAAGAUCAAUUGAUUAUCUUUCUAAUGAAUUAAGAGUGCUUGAUUGGUCAAACUGUCCUUUACAAUCUUUGCCAUCCAAUUUUCGUGGAGAGAAGCUCAUUGAUUUUCAGCUGUAUGGAGGCCGCAUCAAGGAGAUUAGCGGCCAAUUUAAGAACUUGACGAUAAUGAAAUUUUCUGAGUGUAAGUUCUUAACCAAAAUCUCAAAUAUUUCAAGUUGCUCAAAUUUAAAGGAAUUGGAUAUUUUGGGUUGUAAAACUUUAGUCGAAGUUCAUGAUUCUGUUGGAUUCCUGGAUAAGCUUGUUCGUUUGCGUCUUUAUCAAUGCUCCAACCUAAAGAGUUUUCCAAGGCGUCUCAUGUUGAGAUCUCUAGAAGUCCUUACACUUCAUAAUUGCUCAAAACUUCAAAACUUUCCAGAAAUCAAGUGUAAAAUGGAAUAUUUAUGUUUCAUCUCAUUAUGGGGCACUGCAAUAAAAGAAUUGCCUUCAUCCAUUGGGUACCUCACUCCUGCGCUUAAAGAGUUACUUCUGGACCAAUGCACAAAAUUUAUGUGUCUUCCUAGUAGCAUUCAUCAGUUGCAAAAUCUAAAGGUGCUUUGUUGUAGUGAUUGUAUUAAAGGAUGCUUCACUAGGAUUGAACAUUUAUCUAUAGAAGGUUGCAAGGACUUGAUGCGUCUCCCAAUCAGCAAUUCUCACUCGCAACAUCGAAAGAGUCUUUCUUUCCAUAAUUAUACAAAUCUUUUAAAAGAAGAAAUAAAAUUAUCAUUUGGGGACGUCACUAGGUUUAAACAUUUCCACAUAACAAUAUUCAGACCGAUUAAGAGGUCUAAACCAGAAUUAAGUGCUGAAUUACUACCACAACUGCGGUCGUCGCUUUAUUGGUAUCUUGAGGAGUUCUCAUUUUAUUGCUCAUCCACUUUGCAAGAGUUAGAUCUAUCUGGAAUUGUUGUCAGCAUUCCUUCGUGCAUCGAAGUCUUUGUUGAAUUGAGGAUUCUCAAACUAUGGCAUUGUGAGAAACUUCAAGAAAUUCUGCAUCUUCCACCAAAUAUACAAGAGCUAUAUGCUAGUGAGUGUAUAUCCUUGGAAAGAUUCCCCGAAGUAUCAAAAAAAUUUCAAUUCUAUACAUCAUGUGGCUUGGGAGAGCUAAGAUGGAUUGAUUUGUCCGGUUGCCAUAAAUUGCUUGCAAAUAUAGGGAGUCAAGUGCCAAAUGCUUUAUUUGUUGAGGAACAUAUUCAGGACCAUUCAUGUGGAAUUAUAUUUCCAGGGAAUAAGAUUCCAGAUUGGUUUAGCCAUACUAAGGAGCCUUCAAAUAGAGAUUCGUGUGAAUUGGAUAUUAGUGGGCCCUUGUAUUUGGAUGAAAUCAUAGGAAUUGUUUUCUGUGCUGUUCUUGGAUCCAACCCGGAUGACUCCCCCUCCGGUAUUCGUGUUUUUAUAGACAAUAACAUGCUCGUAGAAGCAAAUUUUGAAUUAUUAGGAGAUGGGGAUCAUGUAUAUCUAAAUUAUUCAUUUCCAAAAUGUAUCAAGCAAUGGCUACAGUACCCAACAGGAGCCAAUCUGAGGUUUAUAUUUCAUAGCAAUGAAGAAGUUGCAGUGAUGUUUAAAAGUUGCGGAGUUCACAUAAUCUAUAAGCAUGAAGAUAAUGAGAGUUUAACAGUUGGGGAGUGCUCAGUAGAUUUAUCGAAUGGUAUCCAACUUUGUAAGAGACGCCGAGAUAUUGAUGAAGAUCACAACUUGGAAUUCAACGGGUGUCCACAUUACAAGAGGCACUCUCAAAACUUGAGUAAUUCAAAUGUGGUUGUCAAUUGCGCAGAUGUUGACGGUGAUUUUGUAGAAGCAGAAGGAGGCUCUAAGGGAAUUUUAAAAGAAGAAUAAGUACCUGCCUCUCAAUCUAUAUCCCAAGAAGGCCAGGGCAAUUCGAAGAAGGCUUACUAGGCACUAGGAUUUUAUGCUACCGAUGCAAAAGGGUUUCUCAAAUGUCUAAGAAGUAUGUGGCUCAAAUCAAGUGGAACACAUCUUACAGAUAAAGCAGGCUAAUGCCGAAAGUGGAGCGAGGUGUUAGUUGUCAAUCCACAUCAUCUUCCUACUCAGAUAUAAAACCAAGCAACUCCAAGUCAGUUGCACAUGAGGAUCCAAAACCAGCUCAGGAAAAAGAAUCUUCUAGAAAACAAUUAGAUGUGAUCUAAUAAUAUCGUGUAAUUUAGUUUUUGUACUGAGGAAUUUUCCCUUCUGUUGUAACAAAAUCUUACAGCUGGCACUAGGCCAUUGGCCCACCACAUGUCUGUAAAAAUGUCAGAAUCAUCUCGGCACAUCACUCUCUAUAAAUAGGACAUUGUACAAACAAUACAAAUCAA